UUUUUACUUUUUCAUCGACAUUCGCAACACCGGGUCUUAUCAGUCGCUCUAAUCGUCAUCAACUCCUAUUCGUAUUUUUAUCUCCGUUAGUAUGCGUUCGCACUCCACAGUUAUGCAACAAAUUUUUUCUAAUUUUUUUCUUUAUCAGUAUUUACUUUUUGCAUUUAAUUUGAAUACUACGCGUUAUCCACUUUGUUCCAUCUGCAACAGAGUUACAACAAUAUUACAUCUUUAAUUACUAUGUUCACUCUGUUCCGUCGUUCUCAUCAUUAUGGACACACACGAUAGAACAGCGCAACAUAUUAAAGGUGUAUUUCUCUAGUGCCCUAUUCACCUAUUAUAUUGCUGACAUAUGAUUCAUUAGACACUAAAAACCUUGCAGAAUGCCUUACACCAACGGGCCGUUUUUCAUAUUGUGCCUUAUGUGCUACUUCCUUAAGUUGCCUUUACAAAGAUCAUGUACAUAAUGAAUUUAAAUUAGAUUGCCUUCGUAUUUUGUGCAAUCAUUUAAAAUUAAUGUUACAACUACGAACUAUGCAAGAAAUGGCCAGUUGUGAAUUACCUUUAGAUGCUAAAGUAUAUGUCAGGUCUCUUAAAAAAGAAGAAGUACUUAAAGAUGGUUUGAUGAUUAUUGUACAAGAUCUACUAUUACUAGCUAUUUCAAAUGGAUUAAAAGUAGGUACCUAUGAUGCUCGUUGGAGAGUUCUCAUUUUAUAUGUUACUCGUAUUUUUGAUCUCGACUUAAAUAUAGUAGAUAAUUUUGAGUUACAAGUUGUAAAUUGUUUAUCAAAUUUUUUACCUGCACAAACUGAACAAGAACAAGCUGAUGCAGCACGCCGCAAUAAUAUAUCAAAAACAAAACGUUUUGCAAUGAUUGGAUUAGCAUCAGUUGGUGGUGGGAUUCUCAUAGGUUUAACUGGUGGAUUGGCUGCUCCUCUUAUUGGUUCUGGACUAGCCAGUGUACUUGGUUCAUCUGCAAUUUUUGGAGCAAUUGGAACUAUUGGAGGUUCUGCUGUUAUUGGAUCACUUUUUGGAGUUGCUGGAGCAAGUUUAACUGGGUAUAAAAUGCAUAAAAGAGUUGGUGACAUUGAAGAGUUCCAAUUUCACAAAUUAUCUACAGAUACAGAAACAGGAGAUGUUCACUUGCAUAUUACUAUUGUUAUAUCUGGAUGGCUCAGUGAUGAAAGAGAAAGCAGUUAUAUUCAACCAUGGGAAUAUCUCAGAGACAGUCCAGAGCAAUAUUAUCUGCGAUAUGAAUCUUCAUAUUUAUUAGAACUUGGAAAAGCUAUGGAUUACUUUCUUAGUUUUGCUGUAUCUGUUGCUGUACAAGAGUCUCUUAAAUACACUGUACUCUCAGGUCUAAUGGCAGCAAUUGCAUGGCCUGCUGGAAUUUUAGGCUUGUCUUCUGUUAUUGAUAACCCAUGGGGUGUAUGUUGUCGGCGGUCAGCUCAAGUUGGAAAGCAAUUAGCUGACACUUUACUGACUCAUAGUCAUGGUAAUCGCCCAGUUACAUUAAUUGGCUAUAGUCUUGGCGCUCGAGUUAUUUAUUAUUGUUUACGAGAAAUGUCUCAAAGAGAAAAAUGUCAUGGAAUUGUUCAAAAUGCUAUCUUAAUUGGUACUCCUUGUACUAGAAAUUCAUCAGAAUGGAAUAAAAUUACUCAGGUGGUUGCUGGAAGAGUAGUAAAUGCAUAUUGCAGGAGUGAUUGGUUACUCAAAUUCCUAUACAGAACACUCUCUAUGCAAGCGAAUGGAGUAGCUGGUCUUGAAGCUGUUCAGUCAAGUAAUGAUAGGAUAGAAAAUAUUGAUUUAACUAGCAUUGUUUCAGGACAUUUUGAUUAUCCUCAAAAGCUAUCAGAAAUUUUAAUGUUCAUUGGAAUUAAUGUAGAUGAAUCAGCCAAAUUAAAACAUCAAAUAAUUUCUACACAAUCUAUGCCUGAAGGAAUGUGUGAAAAAUUAAAUAUAAAUAAUCAUUUUGAUAAUAUGAAGAAAUCAAAAUCAGAAAUUGAUCUAGCGAUUAUGAGCAAAAAUAAUGAAGGACAAUGAUUAUUUCUAUCAGUUUUAAAUGUAUUAAGUUUAUUUGUCAAGUAAUUAUAUUAAGUUUUGUUAUGUGUUGGAAAAAUACUAUUAUAAAUUAAAUUUAUAUAUUCCUAUAUCUGCAAUUUAAAGUUUACCUAAAAAAUUAAUUAUCUAUGGUGCUCCAAAAUGUUU